AAAUUUUGUCUGGUCAGGGUUUCAUUACGUGCGUAUCAUUCAUCACCCAAGUCCAGAUCGGGGAGGAAAGUCUGCUUUGUCACAAAUUAUAAUAAGAAAAAAUACAUAUAAACAUGAAGACAAUCUUGCUUCUCGGCGUGGUCCUGCUGGUCACUUGCGUCCUCGGCCAUGACGUGGAACUGGGGGACAUUGUGACGAAUCUGGUGGUGGGGACGACCAUUCCAUGUUUUGCAAUCCUAGCCUGAACUUGGUUUGCGUGGAGAAUGUGUGCAUUUGCAGCGAGGGUUAUGUUCCAGAAACUGACGAUGGAACUGCCCGCGGUUGUGUAGUCGACGUUACCACCGCGCCUACGGUCGCGCCUACCGCUGCCCCAACGACCGCUCCCACAGGCGCCCCCACGACCGCGCCUACGGUCGCGCCUACCGCUGCCCCAACGACCGCUCCCACAGGCGCCCCCACGACCGCGCCUACGGUCGCGCCUACCGCUGCCCCAACGACCGCUCCCACAGGCGCCCCCACGACCGCGCCUACGGUCGCGCCUACCGCUGCCCCAACGACCGCUGCCCCAACGACCGCUCCCACAGGCGCCCCCACGACCGCGCCUACGGACGACCCCACGACCCAGGGUGCCGCCACCCUUAAAGUUAGUGCUGCUGUUAUUUUUACCGUGGGGGCGGCUGUCUUUAAGUAUAUUUUUGCAUAAUUGUUGAUAACUUUUUGCUUAUUUAUUAAAUAAACACAUUUAUGGUUUACAACUUA